AUGCAUAUCGAGUCUAUUCCCAUGUGUAAGAAGGGCCAUCAAGGUGCCAUUUGCGAUUGCUAAGGUAUACAUAGGGGAGGGUAGUGGUAACAACUAUGCCUAUCGUAUGUAUACCUGCUAGUUUCAAAGCGGAAGCACGAACACUGAUCACAGCCAGUCGUUACGGAUGACAAGACGAGGGACGCGGUCAUUAUCGACCCAGCCAAUCCCUCAGAGUAUGUGUCUUAACUUGUGCGGCGAAUAGCUCAUUGGCUGACUCCAUCCGAGAGUGCUACCACAGUUGAAGAAGGCUGUCGACAGCGGCAUCAAACUGAAGCACAUCAUCAACACACACCAGUCAGUGAUCCUAGGUUUCUGCCACUUGAACAAUUGAUCUGAAUACGAAGUAGUCACCAUGACCAUGCUGGCGGUAACGAUGAGAUGGUGAGACACUCUCAAUGACACUCGGAGGACACCAGCGCUCACCCUGUACAGCUGCAAACCUACCAAGUACCCAUCAUCGGCGGAAAGGACUGCGCCAAGGUGAACAAGACACCCAGCCAUGGAGAGACUUUCAACAUCGGCGAAGGCAUCAAAGUGAAGGCCCUCCACACGCCAUGUCACACUCAAGACAGCAUCUGCUACUUCUUCGAGGACGGCAACGACCGAGCAGUUUUCACAGGAGACACUUUGUUCAUCGGCGGUAAGCUCUGGCCUCCUUUGUCUGACAAGUCUAGCAACUACUUACAUUGAUGCAGGCUGCGGUCGGUUCUUCGAAGGCACGCCAGAGGAGAUGGACAAGGCUCUCAACAAGACGCUCGCCGCUCUGCCCGAUGAUACCAAGGUCUUCGUAAGUCUUCAGACUGGGUUCAGUGUUCCAGACACGUACUGACAGCUUGGAGCCUGGCCAUGAGUACACCAAAGGCAAUGUCAAGUUCGGCAUCAAAGUGAUUCAGUCAGACCCGAUCAAGAAGCUUGAAUCGUUUGCGACGGCCAACAAGCAGACCCAGGGAAAGUUCACCAUCGGUGAUGAGAAGCAGCACAACGUCUUCAUGCGUCUCGACGUGGGUCAUGGCCCCUUUUAUUCAUGUGAGACGGAACUAACAAGACCCAGGAUCCCACGGUGCAGAAAUUCACAGGCAAGACGGAUCGUGUGGAUAUGAUGGCGGCAUUGAGGGAGGCGAAGAACUCAAUGUAA